AUGGCAAGUUGUUUACCACAUUUUUUUCGGACGUGUAUUAUUCACAGUGUUGUAAAGCAUGCUACUGUGAGACAUGCCAGUGUGCCAUUAAAUUUUUAUAGACUAUACAGUUCUGCGUUAUAUAUUUCGGGCAGAAAAGCCACGGAAUGCUUUUCAUUUCUAACGCCAUAUUUGGAUUUUGAUAAUAAAUUAACAGACAUGGACAAAUUACAAAGAGAUUUGACAUCACGAGGACUGAACGUGGAUGCCGAGGAUGUAAAGAAAAUGUGGGAAUUUUACAAGUCGCUAGACUCUGUUAAAUCUAGAGUAGAAGAGAAAGCUGAUGACAUAAAAAGUAAAUUGAGAAAAUACCAUACCAAUGAUCAUUUAACCAGCGACGAAGUCGCAGAAUUUCAGAAAUUAACUCUCCAGUGUCAAACGUUAAAAGCAGAGUUAAGAAACAUUAAAGAAAUCAUAUGGGAUUUAAGCGAAAGUGUCGUAGAAAGAAUGUUGAAAUUACCAAAUGAAAUAGACGAAAAGACUCCGAUUCAUUCUCCCGAAAUAUUAAGACGUGCGGGUGCGUUGCACGAAUUUUCGGCCACAGGAAAAAAGAAAAAUCACAUCGAAAUUGGAAGGAGUCUCGGUUUAUUGGAAUAUAAAAAUCCUAUGCAAUAUUACUUAUGCAAUGACGCGGCUCUCUUUGAAAUCGGCGUAUUAAAUUAUGCAGGGACGAUAUUUAGUGCAGAUAAUAUGAUUAGAGUAAUAGGCUCCGAUUUCAGCCGUAGCUUGGUCGUAGAAGGUUCAGGUUUGAAUCACGAGGAUCCGUUACAUGCUUUCGUAAUAGAUAAUCAUAAUGAUGUAGAGAACAACUCCCCAAAUCGUAUGCACCUCGUCGGAGGUGCUAGUUUAAUUGCAUUUCUAGCCAUGCACGCGAAACAACUGAUAAACCCAAACCAUUUUCCGGUCAAAUACUUUUCCACGGGAAAACAGUACACUCCUUUUCCAUCCGGUACCGCGCCAAUCGGUUUGUUCACCGUAUGCCAAACAUCAGCCGCGCAUGUGUUUGCAUUAGUCAAAGAUACGAAUAGCGCAGAGUAUCGUACCCAGUUCGAAAGACUACUAAAUGUUGUUUGUCAACUCUACGACAACAUAUGCAGUCAUUAUCAAAUUGUCGUGAGACCUGCAUCCGAACUGCGACCUUGGGAAACGAUGCGCGUGUCUUUCGAAUUGUGGUCUUCGUUUUCCCAGCAAUACGUAGAGGUUGGUCAUAUCUCUAUCUGCGGUGACUACUUUAGCAAAAGACUACUGAUAGCGUAUCAGACACCGGCUGGAAGAGACUUUCCUUCCAUAAUAUCUGGUACCGUGUUGUCUGUACCGCGUCUUCUCGGAUGUUUAUUAGAACAGAAUCCCGAAAAAUUUGUUAUUCCAUCGAAAGUCCUCGAACAUAUGCCUGCUGGCAAUCAUAGUUUUUAAGAUUAGGAAACAAUUUCUAAAUAAAGAACACCUUUGAAACUUCCACCACCAUCUUUGUACAUUUUUCGUGUACAUCUAAUGUAUACAUUGCUACCAUUAAUUUGUAGAAUUCUAUGUAUUUUGCUAGAAUAAAUAUUUAUGACAACAUAAAA